GAGAACAAGGAGCUGCGAACCAAGCUGGAGCGGGACUUGGAGCAGAGAAACCAGGCGCUGGAGAAGCUCAGGUGUGAGAACCAGGAGCUCCGGAGGAUGGUGACGCUGAGCAGCCAGGACAGCGGGAAGAGAGAAGCUGCCGAGCAGCAGCAGCAGAGCGGGGCCACGGUGGAGAAGGCGCCGGGCAGAGGAGAGCUGGAGGCCAAGGAGAAGAAGGUGAAGAUCCUGGAGCACCAGCGCAGGGAGCUGCUGGAAGUGAAUAAGCAAUGGGAUCAGCACUUCCGAGCCAUGAAACAGAAGUAUGAGCAGAAGAUCACAGACCUGCACCAGGAGCUGGCCGAGGCCCGCAGGGCACUGACCGAGCUGGAGUCGGAGCGGGAGCAAAAGCAGCGGGAUUUUGACCGCAAGCUGCUCCUUGCCAAGUCCCGGAUUGAAACAGAGGAGGCAGAGAAGGAGAGGCUGGCCAUGGAGGUCCUGCAGGAGCAACUGGCUCCAGUCACCAGGCAGCGGGAAUACCAGGAAAAGGAGAUCCAGAGGCUGAACAAGGCACUAGAGGAGGCCUUGAAUGUCCAGGCCUCUCCGCCCCCCAUCUUUGCCAGCACCAUGGAGCCGGCAGGGAAGGUGCCACAGCAGGAGCUGCUGACCCAGAACGAGCUCCUCAAGCAGCAGGUGAAAAUUUUCGAGGAGGACUUCCAGCGGGAGCGGAGUGACAGGGAGAGGAUGAAUGAGGAGAAGGAAGAGCUGAAGCAGCAGCUGGAAAAGCUGCAGAAGCAGUUGGUCCUUUCCAACAACCAGCUGCGAGCUUCCAAGGACGACUGCCAGAGGGAGAAGGAGGAGAAGGAGAAGCUGAAGAGGCUGCUGAAACAGCACAAACAGGCUUCGGGAGAGAGGCUGCCCCCUGAGCCGCUGCCGGGACCACUGGGUCCUGCCUGCCCCAUGUACCAGUACCAGUACAGUCCCCCUGUGGCUCACCCCAUGUACCACGGCUUUGACGAGUGGCAGCAGAUCCGAUACCCACCAGCGAUGCCGGGAGAGCACACGCCGGGACAAAACUUCCAUUUUCCCCCGCCAGAGUACCCUUGGCGCCCACCCUGCGCCAUGGCUCGCAGCCAGAACGCCCAAGCAGUGGCCGGGGUGAAACCAGUCCCCAAGGACUUGGAACAGGCAGGUCCCAGAUUGCCCUAA